CUGUCUUCAGAGGUGAUAACUUGACUAGAGCGGAAAGCAGAUAGUUAUAGCUGAGCACAGAACUCGCAUCGCAUACGGGAGCAUUCCAACCGGAGUACCAGACACCGAGAACCAAACGCGCAAUAAGGCAAAGAUUCAUAUAUUUUUUAUUUUUUUACGCAGCUGUUGAAAAACGAGAGUAAGAGACCGUACCAAGCAAGACAAGUGUACCUUGGAAAACCAGUGACUUCGUUUUAGAAGCUCUUCUUUCAGGCUAAACCCCACCCCUAGUGCUGAGUGGAAUGAGCGUAUGUGGCAGAAAGGCUCUGACCUUGCUGAGCAGCGUGUUCGCUGUGUGCAGCCUGGGGCUCCUGGGCAUCGCGGUCAGCACCGACUACUGGCUCUACCUGGAGGAGGGCAUCAUCCUGCCGCAGAACCAGAGCAUCGAGAUCAAGAUGUCCCUUCACUCCGGACUCUGGAGGGUUUGCUUCCUCACAGAAACAGUGGCAACAGACAGAAUCUCCACCUCUGCAAAACCAGGUGAGGAAAGAGCCCGCUGUUUCACAAUAGAAUAUGUCAUGCCGAUGAAUAUACAGAUGACGUCCGAAUCUACAGUCAGUGUGCUAAAAAUGAUCCGCUCGGCUACCCCCUUCCCUCUGGUCAGCCUCUUCUUCAUGUUCAUCGGGUUCAUUCUGAACAGCUUUGGGCACAUCCGUCCUCACAGGACCAUCCUGGCCUUCGUGUCUGGAAUCUUCUUCAUCCUCUCAGGUCUGUCCUUAGUUGUUGGGCUGGUGUUGUAUAUAUCCAGCAUCAAUGAUGAGGUGUUGAACAGGACGAAGGACAAUGAAGCCUACUUCAGCUACAAAUACGGCUGGUCUUUUGCCUUUGCUGCCAUAUCCUUCUUGUUGACUGAGAGCGCGGGGGUGAUGUCUGUGUACCUGUUCAUGAAGAGAUACACUGCGGAGGAGAUCUGCAGGCCUCAGCCGGGCUUCUACCGGCCACGGCUUAGCAACUGCUCCGAUUACUCUGGCCAGUUCCUGCACCCGGACUCCUGGGUACGAGGCCGCAGCCCCUCGGAUAUCUCCAGCGACACUUCUGUCCAGAUGAACUCCUCCAACUACCCUGCCCUGCUCAAGUGUCCCGAGUAUGACCGCAUGUUGUCCUCCCCUUGCUGAGGUGCAGAAGCAACAGUACCUGCAUCCUGUAUUCAGAGGGUCUCAGCGUAACAUGUUUUACAAGCAACGCCAAAAGGUGCAGCAUU